AUGUCUGAUUCCAACAUAACCAACUUCUCCAACCCCUCCACCUUCAUCCUGCUGGGCAUUCCUGGCCUGGAGGCAGCCCAUGUCUGGAUCUUCAUCCUGUUCUGUGCAAUGUACGCCAUAGCCAUCCUGGGGAACUUCACCAUCUUGUUAAUUGUGAAGAUGGAGCCAAGCCUCCAUGGGCCCAUGUACUAUUUCCUCUGCAUGCUGGCUGUCACUGACCUGGUCCUGUCUACGUCCAUCCUGCCCAAAAUGCUGAGCAUCUUCUGGUUCAAUUCCAGGGAGAUUGAUUUCAGUGCCUGCCUCACCCAGAUGUACUUCAUUCACUGCUUCUCAGUGAUGGAGUCUGGGAUCUUCGUGGCCUUGGCUCUGGAUCGCUAUGUGGCCAUCUGCCACCCCCUGAGACAUUCCACCAUCCUGACAAACCCCAUCGUGGCCAAGAUUGGCCUUGCCAUGUUGCUACGUGGUGCCAUACUUGCACUUCCCUAUCCCUUCCUGGCAAGGCAAUGGCCAUAUUGCAGAACCAACAUCAUCCCGCAGCCGUACUGCACACACAUAGCCAUGGUGAGUCUGGCCUGCGACGACACCCGUGUCAGUAGUUACUAUGGGCUCUUUGUGCUAUUCUGUGUGAUGGGCCUGGAUGUGAUUUUUAUCACUGUUUCCUAUAUCCUUAUCCUCAGGGCCAUCUUCAGCCUCCCCACAAAGGACGCCCGGCUCAAGACUUUUGGGACCUGUGGCUCCCACCUCUUUGUCAUUUUAGCCUUUUACAUCCCAGGUCUCUUCAUCUCCCUCAUAUACCGGUUUGGCCAGAAUGUGCCCCUGCAUUUCCAUGUUCUCAUUGCCAACGUGUACCUCCUGAUGCCCCCUGUGCUAAACCCCAUCAUCUAUGGGCUAAGGACUAAACAGAUCCAGGGCAGACUGCUCCGGCUCUUUACUCAUGAAAGGGCCUAA